AUGGCCGCCAGCGCGCCGCCCGCCGAGCCCCGCACGCCGCUCACGUCAGCCGGCCGCAGCUGCGCGUCCGCCGGCCUCCGCAGGGCCCGCCGCCCGGCCGCCCUCGCCCGGCGCGCCGCGCCCGGCCCGAGCCCCGCUGGCCCGCCGCUGCCCUGGCCCCGGCCCCGCCCGGCGUCCCGGCCGCCCGGCGAGUUCGCCGCCGCCCCUUCCCUGCGCCCCCGGCCCGGCCCUCCGCGUCAGCCGCGGCCCCGCGCCGCCCCGCCCCGCCGCGGUCCCGCCCCCUCCCCUCCUCCGCCGCACGUCAGCCGGGGGUCCCCAGCCCGCGGCGCCUUCCCCUUCCCCCACCUGGGUCCCCAGCCCCUCCCCUCAGUCGGGGGUCCGCGUACCCGGGGGGCUCUUCCCUCCUCCACCAGGGUCCACGCUCCCUCCUAUAAAGGCAGCAUGGGUCUACCCACUCGGCUUCCCCAUCUCCGCAGCCAGGAGGGUCAGCCCCGCCUCCUCCCCCGUUGGGACCCCUCUCCCGCAGCGCCCUUUCCCCACCCUAUAUCCUUCCCACCCCUCCACCCCACCUCUCCACCACUCUGCACGUCCCAGGGUCCCCAAGCGCCCCUGGCUCCUUUGUUUUACAUCUGCCUUGGCUGCGACCUUGGCACGGUGGCCGUCGUGGCCUCUGGAAAAGUCAGAGUGGCUCUCUAG